AUGAAGCGCACAUUGAAGAGUGCAAAGAGUCGUGGAGGAUGUGCGAGGUGCAAGACAAGACGGAUAAAAUGCAACGAAGCGAGGCCACAUUGCAGCCAGUGCACGGCAGCGUCUGUAGCUUGUCCGGGUUAUGCAACUCAAUUGCGAUGGUCAAGCAAACAUGAGGUCUUUCCAAAACAGCCCAAGCCGUCACCGACUAUGCAGCCAAGUCCAAGCAGUACCGAGAGUGGACUCGAUCGUGCGCCUUACGAGGUUUCGGCGGGUCAGCCGGAGACCAACGACAUGACAGACAUGUCUGCAAGCCCAGAAGUCAAUCCUGGGCUAGAUCAUGACAUGCUGGGAUUCUUCGACGACAUAUUCGAUAUGAGCCCUCCGUAUGUUCAGGACAUAAGCUGGUCUAUGAGGCCAGCGGGAAUGUUUGAUGACUGGAACUCAGUUGGUUCGGUUCCUGGGUUCGAAGUAAGUCCUGGCAGCACGGGAGCACAUGAAACCCAGAACGAGGUCCCGAGAAACAUCGAUGGAUGGUCAAGGUCAGGUGAGGCGAUAAGGCAUGCUCGCCUGGGCACGCAUGUUUCCGAUUCACCGACUUCGAGACCACGGAAYCCGGUGGCCGCUCGACAAAGCCCUUCCACGACCCUCCUCGGCACUUUUUAUCGACUGUCCUCGCCAAACCAAGUUCCCUCUUUUUCCGAGAAUGACCUUGUUAAUUACUUCCACAGUGAGGUGUGCCAGCUGCUGUCGGUUUUCGAUUCAGAGGCAAGUCCAUUCCAGACAAUAGUGGCCGAGCUUGGUGCUAGCUCACGGGCUGUCAAUCUGGCUAUACAAAGUAUGGCUAUCGGGCACCUCGCCAACCAUUAUCCAUACAUGGCUCCACUGGGAAUCUCGAAGCGCUCGCAGGCCUGGCGCUGCCUCCAGCAAGACCUAGCAGUCUACCGUCGUGAUCGGCUGGCACUGGAUAAAAUCCUUAUGAGUAUCCUGCUGCUUGGCUCGACUUCCGUGUGGCAUCCUGGACCCUCACAAGGUCCGCAGUACUUGCUAAUCGCUCGGAACAUUAUGCAAAAACAUCUGCAGGAUCGGACCGCUUUGCUUCACGAGGACUUCUUCCAAAACUGCUUGGUGUACUGGGAGCAGACCAUGUCGUUCGUUGAUCCAACGGUGACGAUGCCAUCGUUCCCUGGUUUUGGUGCUCCCGCGCUGUGUAAGCCUGUUCCAAGCGUGCCGGUACACCCUCACCCCUGGACUGGUAUUUCUCCCGAAGUUCACUUUGCCACCGCCGAGGUUGGCCGCAUACUGCGGCGGCGCCAAAGGUUUCGCAAUGGCCAUCCCUACCAGGACAGCGAAGUCCGCUGGGCUGAAUCACUGGAGGAAUACCUGUUCUCGCUAGAAUUUCCGACCGUCGACGAGAUUUCCGAUUUUGGCGACUCCAACACGUCCAAGACCGAUUUGAUCCGGAUCGCGGAAGCGUACAGGUUUUUUGGACUUCUCGAGCUGUACAACCUAUACUCGCAGCUUCUUUCCAAGCGCUUACAGGGCCCAGCUUCGCUCGCGACGCUCGGGGUUGCAUCCAAUCCGCGGAUGGACGAGGAUAGCGGAGAGCAGGCCUGUUGGCUGACGCACAUUGCCCUUCAUAUGAUUGAGACGGUCAAAGCCAUUCCCAYCUCAUCGGGAGCAUCUCGGAACCAGAUUGCUAUCCUCGUCGCCGUUUCCAGUCAUUUACGGCUGGUGGAUGGCGGGAAUGGAAGCGAAAAUGGCGACCGCAUCAUCUCUGCUCGUUAUUUUGUCGAGUCAAGUCUGCUGAACAUGGCGCGGAAAUAUGCGCAGAGACCAGCAGCACAGGCGAUUGACGUGGUCAAGGAGGUCUGGGCCAGGCUCGACUCUGGGGCUGCGGGGGAACAUUGGAUGACGGUCGCUCAUGAGAACCGAUGGCUGAGCUUUCUGGGUUGA